UAUAGACGACGAAUAAAAAUAAAACUUUGGAAAGUUAUUCGCGAAAGAACUGAAAUAGUUGUGUGAAUUUUAGUAUUCUUAAAGUGGUUAAUUUAAUUUUAAGUUUGUGUUGAGUGUUUUUACAAAGAUUUUAUGUGUUUAUGAGAUACUUUUGUUAAAUAAAACAUGAUCAUAGAAAAUCCCGACGCUUUCAAGAGUUGGUUGACGUCCAUAUUGGAACCACUAUGUGACGCAGAUCCACCCGCGCUCGCCAAGUACGUUUACGCGUUGGUAAAGAAGGACAAGCCACUCGAUGAGCUCAGGGACGGGAUGUUGGACCAGCUUGAUGUGUUCCUCCAGCAAGAGACGAAACCCUUUGUGGACAUGCUGUUCAAGACUCUCGAGAAUCAGGAGUACCUCAAACAUGCUGACAACGACAGUGAGAAGAAAGAACCGUCACCACAGCCGGAGCCGGUGGUGCUCGAGAAAGAAAUCGAAGAGGAAAACCACGAUUGUUCUGUUGCAGUCCCGCUAGUGCCGCCCGUGGAGAAGCCCGCGGUGCGCCCGCGCGCCGACAGCGCGGGCGCGCACCGCACGGUGGUGCCGCGCGCGCGCCCGCCGCCGCACCACGAGCAGACGCUCGUCAAGGUGCUGCCAACUGAACUUCUAGAAGAACCAGUAGACCCGCCCAGGAGAAGAGAUAGAAGAAAUGAUUCUCUGCGCGACAAGGACGAGCGGCGCCGGCGGCGGUCGCGCUCGUGGGAGCGGCGCGGGCGGGGGCGGCGCGCGCACGAGCACGAGCGCAGGUGCGGCAGGAGACCGAUCUCACGAUCACCGUCACCGCGCGGUCGAUACCGGAACCGGAGCCCGCCGCCCGCCAACAUGGACAGACACAGCCGAUCGCGGUCAAGAUCUCCAACGAUAAGGGAACGUGAGCUGGAUAGGGAGAGAGACAGGGUGCGCAUCGUGCGGGAUAUGGAGCGGGACAGGAUGUCGAGGGACAGGGAACACAGGGACCGGAUCUCGCGUUCUAGAGAUCGAGAUAGGUCGCGGGAUCGCUCGAUGUCACCCCCCGGAGCACGCAUGGACCACUCGGACGCGUACAGGCGCCGGUGUCGGGACUUCGACGUGAAGGGCUACUGCAUGCGCGGCGACCUGUGCGAGUGGGACCACGGCCUGGACCCCGUGGUGCUGGAGGACGCGGCGCUGUCGCGCGUGCUGGCGCUGCCGCCGCCGCUGCCCGUGCCGGGCCCGUGCAGCGAGUACAACCCCGCGGCGCCCGACAUCUGGGCGGCCGGCGUGGUGGGCUACGCGCCGCUCGCGCCGCCCCCGCCGCGCCCCGCGCCCCGCGAGCUCGUGCCCAUCCCGCGCGUGCGCGCCGACGCGCCGCCCGCCAAGAAGCCCUUCGAGUACAACCGCCUCGGUGCCCCCCGGCCCCCUCUCCCGGCUAACGCGGCGAACUGCUCACUCGAAGUGAAAAAGGUCCCGCCGGGCCUGAACGAGAUCAAACACCUGGACAGUCAUUUCAGCAAGUUUGGCAAAAUUGUCAAUAUACAGGUCUGUUACGAGGGAGAUCACGAAGCGGCACUAAUAACAUUUUCAACUCCAACGGAAGCGAAUGUGGCUUACAAGAGCACUGAGGCUGUGCUCAAUAAUAGAUUCAUUAAGGUCUUCUGGCACAACCCUGAGAACAAACAAGAGAACACAGCGCCCGGUGGUCAAAAGAUGAACAAACAAACGGAUAGACAGAAUCAUCUCAUGUCCCACAAUAAGGUUUUAAUAAAUAGAGACAACAUCAAAGCGACCGCCGACGUGAAACAGGCCGAGAAGGCGAAAGAGACGGGCAACGGUACGACAGCGGUGGUCGGCAAGGCGAUCGGUAAGAGUGGAGCCGGCGGACUGCAGAUGGUGGAGGCGCACCGCCGCGGACACAAGCUGCUGCAGACUCAGCUGCAGCACCAGCAGCUGCUCAUACAGAGCUUGGAAUCCGGAAAUGUAACUGAGCAACAUAAAGCGGUCCUGAUGAAGACGAUCAACACGAUGCAGGAGGGCAUCGAGAAGCUGCGGAAGGAGCUCGUCGCGAACCAGGGGAUACUGAAACAGAUGCAGGACGAGUCAGUGUCAAGAUCGAUGUCUCGGCUGCAUCUCGAGCAGAUGAACGCGAAAAAACCGAAAACGUUACAGGAAGUACAGAAGGAUAUUUUGGAUGCUGAAUUGGAUAUUAUCACGAAGCAACAGGAGGGCCAAGAUGUGUCGGAGUUGGCGAAGAAUAUAGCGGAGAUGAGACGACAGAUGGCGCUUCAGUUUCCGACGUUUUCCGGCACACGAAGAGGUCACUCGAGGGGCGGGCGCUACAACUCGGCGAUGCGCUACUCGCGCGGCGCGCCCAAGGCGUUCAGCGUCAACCAGUCGGUGGACCACCGCCCGCGCGCGCUGCUCGUGUCCGGCUUCGAGCCCGACGAGCUGGACGCGCUGCAGGCGCACUUCGCGCAAUUCGGCGAGAUAACGGGCAAGGAGGUGAACCUGUCGGUGCCCGAGCUGGUGGUGCAGUACCGCGCGCGCGCGCACGCCGAGCAGGCGCUGCUGCGCGCGCGGCACUACAACGACCGGACGCUCUCCAUCACGUGGGUGGCCAACGGGAAGGCGCUGGGCGCCGCGCCCGCGCACAACGGGGACUCCGCCGCCGAACACAAGGACGCGCAGAAUCAGAAGGAGCCAACAUCGGACCCGCUGCUGCGCUUCGACGAGGACGAAGAGGACGAGGAGGACCGCUCGUGGAGGCGUUGACCUCCGACCGGCGCUGGCCUCAGCCGCGCGCCCCCCCGGGGCCCCCCCCUGCUCGUGCUGCUCGUGGACUCCUCGCUCGGCGUGCUGCUCGCUAUGUAACCCGGCCCCGCCAUCGCUACACGGACGAACUCAAAAACUUUGAAACGAACAUUCAUCAUAUACCCGUUCGACGUGAUCUCAUUUCGUUUAACAACAAAGUCGCUUCUGUAAUAUUUAUACAUAACGUACGUUUGAUAUUAAAUAACCGCUUUUAUUGUAUAAUAUAUAUACAAAAAUAUUCGAUAGACUCGUUUUGAAACGUAACACCAAAAUUCGACUUAUAUAUUUAUGUAGAUAUAACAGACGUACUUUGAAUUAUGAAGUGAAUAUACAUAGUAUCGCUAUAUAUGUUAUGUGACCACAAUAUAUGAUAUAUACAAAUUCGUAUUUUGUACUGUAGUGGCUCGUUUGAUGUUAUUUAUUUAAUGCAAGUUUUAAUGUCCGUACUCGACUUUGUUGGCUUUUAUUUAUAUAUUAGCCGACGAUUCUGUAUACUGUAUUGUAUUUACACGGUCUGUAAGAAGUAAUUUAAUAGGUACAUAUAUUGCUGUCUCAUUUUUUCGCGUGUGGAGAGAAAGGGACGAUGAAUCAUACCCGGUUCAAUCGAGUUGUUUACGUAUAGUAGAAUUGUGUAUUAAGAUUAAAAGGCUAACAAUGGAAAUAUACAUUAUUUAUUGUCACGCUAUAAAUAAAUAAUGACAGUUCAAAUUUCACGUAUAAUACUGUGUGACGAAAGGACUAAAGACUAUACAGCUGAGUCAGAACACAGCUGGUUUUUAACUGUUGAUUAUACAGACAAUAAAAGAUUUAAAAAAAAUAUGAAUUUAUAAAUCGAACAAAAUGUAAAAGUAUGUAUCAUAUGAAUAUAAAAAAAAAACAAGAAACUUAAUGAAUGCAUAUUAAAAUUUAACUAAUGUAUAAUGAUAUCGUAUUUUAGUGUUUAAAUAAAUUAAAAUUAUACACUUCUACUAUUCGUAAGUGAAACGGAUCGUUCAGAAAUUUAACCAAUUGGCGGGGAUUUAGUCAUGUCGAAUUGGUUUAAAGGUCGCGCGAGACGGGAACACGAUCAUAACCGUCAAAAUAUUAUCGAUAGCGCCUUAAUUGACACACACGUCCAAUUAUUCAUGUGUAGGCAUGUACACGCAGGCGACGUCAUCGUAAGGUGUGCGUUAAUGUGUGCGUGAGUGAAACGGAUCGUUCAGAAAUUUAACCAAUUAGCGGGGAUUUAGUCAUGUCGAAUUGGUUUAAAGGUCGCGCGAGACGGGAACACGAUCACACCCUGAAAAUAUUAUCGAUAGCAAGUUAACUGAUAGACACGUACACGCAGGUGACGUCAUCGUAUGGUGUGCGUCAAUGUGUGCGAGAGACCGGUACAUGUGAGUACCUCGGCACUUUGACCAUUUUAUUUUAUUAGACUAUAGCGCGAAUGACGAUCUCGUCUACGGGUUGCCUUAUCGUACAUUUUGUGCAGUUUCUAUGAUCGAUGCGAGCGUCGUAAUUAUGUAGGCUGUGACGUCAUACCAAUAAAAUAUCGCUUUUUUAAUGUUAAUAUCGUAUAAGUAAGGCACUAUAAUAGUAUUAAAUUCGUACAAGCGUUCAGAAUAACGAAGACUGCGAUGUCACGAGGGUGGCUUGCGUUGGCUAAAUGUAUAGUAUUCGUAACUAUGGGAUGACGUCACACGAAAUCCAAUAUGGCGGUCGAUACCGAUAUGUAUGUAAUGGGUUAUGUGGGCGUGGUUUUAUUCGCUGCUAACUAAUGCCUGUGUCCUAAUUUUAUUUUGUAAGCAAUUAUCUCAUACGAAUUGUUCGGAUCAUUAAAAAGUCAUCGGGUUUUUGUCGAGUUGUUCUCAGUUGCACCGGAGUGUUGCUAGUGCGAACUCUUUCCGUUCGUAUCGGAUGUGCCGCCCCAUUGUGUUAUGAGUGCGGUAAUAGAGAGUGCACAGUCUGGAUGCGAUCGUUCCAUUCUCAAGGUUACACACAUUCAUCUAAAAAGUCUUUGGUUGUAAGCUUUAGCACACAAGCAUUCCUUAAAUAUUCUUUUAAAUUUCACAAUUGAAUAUUUUUGAAUGUUUUCUGGGAUUGUAAAAGCGUAUACAUUGUCCCAUAAAAGACUUGCUAACCCUGUGCAAAUUUUGUUCAUGGUGUUGACAAUAUGUGACAAAAUUUCUGGGAAAAUAUUUUACGUACAUACAAAAAAUACACCACCAUCAUUUAGAUGUUUAAUGGUUUGUAUUCGAUAGGUUUCUGUUUCAAUUAAAACUUUAAACAGUCAUUAAUGGCUCUUACGUCAAGCUUUCUGGCUAGUUCCCUCAACGGAUAAUAGAUGGCGUUGUAGCUAGAUAAUUGUAUACAAAAUAAAUUUAUAUGCAUCGCAACUGUAACCAGGCAUUAGCUAGUUUAUAUAUAAAUUAGAACUUUACAGAAAUCGUAUCAAUGGAUGUAGCUUAAAUUAUUACUAAAAUAUUAAACGAUUAUAUUAAUAUUUUUUCACUAAUUAGGCUAAAUGAUCGAAAUAAUUCGACACUUGCAUGAAAACAUUAUUAUUUUGUUAAUGUCCAUCAACAUCAUUGUAAAAUCAAUAUAUAUUUCUAACUGUAACAAGUAAAACAUUAAUCCUUGACCAUGAUCUCGUUAAAAUGCUCCAAAAAUUUGUAAUAUUGAAAGUUUGAAUCAAUUAUUGAUUAACCAGCGAGCGUAGUUAAAUAAAAUUAACUCAAUGAAUUUAAUUGUUGCGUCACAACUAAGUCUAGUUCAUAAUGUGACAUAUAUUUAUUAUGUGACAUACAUACAUAUUCGUACAGAUAAAUAAUAAACACUCAGCACACAUUAGCGAGGGUAUUGUUGCAAGAAUAAUAUAAAUUUAAUUCUCAAUUUCGAUUCUAUGGCUGAAAAGUUUUAAAGUCGUGUCUGUACCGUCAACAAAACAGUUACAUUAGUAAAAGUUAUAUAUUAUUUCAUUAUCGUAAAGUAACAUAAUAAAUACAAUUAAAAGCAAAAACAAUAAUCUCUUAACAGAUAAAAUAAUUUUCAUAUUUAAAAAGUAAUUUUCCAUCCAACGCCAUAUUGUAUAUUAAUGAAGCAACAAGUAUAUUUGUAUCAAGUCAAUCAUCAGUUGAAUGGAAACUUUAAUAAAGCUUUCUUUCAUCAUACAUAACAUUGAAUUGCAUCGGAAAUGUUUUCUUCAAACGUUACAGUUACACUAAAACAAGUCAUCACAUAAAAAUUUGGUACAAAUAAAUAUAUACAUAUCAGGUUUGUUGCAUUGAUGAUUAUAGAUGUCGAAUUAUCAACCUAUCAAUCGUCAAUCUGAUGGAAUUGAGUGUGUCAUAAGUGUCCGUUUAAUAUUAUGUAAGUAAUUUUAAAAGAAAAGUGACUUUUAAAAAUCAUGGUCAUCAUCAUAUCAACUUUUUCGUGUAAUGUUUUGCUUUUAAACACAAAUAUUGUCUUUAGAGUGCGUUAGAGUGUAACGUGAGCGAGUUUCUUUAGGAUCGGCGUGUGAAUAUUGUUCCUAUUUUGCCUACACGAAGAGCAGGUAUAAACAUAUGCGAUUUUUUAUUUUUAUUCACAUAAUAUAAAACGAGCUUUAUUUAUUGUAGCAUUAAUCCGAUUAAUCGCUUUUUCUGAAUAUAACAAUUAAUUUAAAACGAAACCAACUGACGUCGACAUUUAAGGAACCGUCAGCUCGAAUAAUCAGUAAUAAAAAUUGACUUUUAUUGUCUAAAAUUGCGUUUUUUUAUAUAAAUACAAAAUUUGAGCCAAAUCUUUAGAGCUGUUUCCGAGAUGUGUUUAUAUAUAAAAUGGUAAAAACAAAGAAACAAAACGCUCACAUAAUACUGAACGCACCCUAAUAUAAUAGUCUUGUGUAAUUAACGAUCAUAUUUGUUUACCAUGCAGGUGUCGAUAUAACGUACCUAAUACCUCAAUAAAGCAAUACUAGUACUACAAUAUGAUAUCGUAAAUUUAUAUAAACUACGUACGAGAUGGACGGACGGACGAACCAUAGAUAUUAGCAUUAUCGUUUUCGUUCUAUGUAGCCAGCUAGAUUUAGCGUUUAUGAAUUUAUUUCCGUUUCUAUAUAAGGUAAAUAAAUUAUGAUUAAACGUACAUUGUAGGUCGUAUUAUAUAUAUAU